AUGAAGAAAAAUUCCCAGGGAAGUUGGAGUGAUCAGUGUGAGAAGGCCUUCAAAGAGGUGAAGGAAAUUCUUACUGAACCGCCUGUCAUGGGAAGACCGGAGCCAGGACAUGAGUUGCAGCUUUUCCUAGCGACAAUGGAUAAGGCAGUGGAGAGGGUAGCCUUAGCCUUGCUUAAUGCCACUCGGAGACUUAGACCGUAUUUUCAAGGGCAUCAAGUGGUGGGUAGAACAGAUCAUCCUGUAGCCAAAAUCUUGCGAAAGCCCGACUUGGCCGAUAGAGUGGUGGGAUGGUCAGUCGAGCUUUCGGAGUUUGGUUUGCGUUACGAGCCAUGCGGGUCGGUACGAGGUCAACAUUUGGCUGAUUUUGCUGAGUUACCUACAGAAGAAGGGAGAGCGGAAUAUGAGGCUUUGUUGGCAGGCAUGGAGUUGGCACGUGAUUUAGGAGUUGAAUUCCUGGAAUGCAGGACGGAUUCUCAAUUGGUGGAGGGGCAUAUGAAGGGCAAUUUUGAGGUCAAGGAUGAUCAAUUGUUACAAUACUUUCACAAGGCUAAGCAGCUGGAAGCUCAGUUUAAAGCGGUGGAGUUGAAACAUAUUCCUCGGGAGGAAAAUGUUCGGGCAGAUAGGUUGUCCAAGCUGGCCGGGAAAAAGGAGAAGGGGCAAUUGUCUUCUGUUAUUAGACAAGUGUUAAUGAAACCAACCAUUGAUUGUCUUCUUGUGUGUAACACCGUCGGGCAAAAUGAUUGGAGAAAGGAAGUGAUUCAGCUGAUGAAGGAGCAAGACGGUGGGGUAACCCUCCCAAUGAAGGAGAGGAAGAAAAUUGCUAGAUACAUUAUGGUGGGUGAAGAUUUGUACAGAAGAGGUUAUACUACGCCGAUGAUGAAAUGCUUGUCCAAAGAAGAGGCAAAGUAUGUUAUGAGGGAGUUGCAUGAAGGGAUUUGUGGCAGACAUACGGGCGGUCGAGUGCUUAAAGCUCGAACAUUGAGGGCAGGUUUCUUUUGGCCGACGAUGGAAAAAGAUUGUGGUGAUUUCGCGCAAAAGUGUGUAAGUUGCCAGAAACAUGGGAAUGUUUUUAAUGCCCCGGCAACAGAGUUGCAUGGUGUCGUUUCCCCUUGGCCGUUUGCCCAGUGGAGAAUGGAUAUUGUGGGACCUUUCCCCAUCGGUCGGGCACAAAAGAAAUUCUUGUUGGUAUCAGUGGAUUACUUCACAAAGUGGGUGGAAGCCGAACCUUUGGCAAGUAUCUCAGCUGCUCAGAAACUCGUGGCUUUCUAUAAAAACUUGGGGAUUACUCCUGUCACGAGCUCGGUGGAGCAUCCUCAAGCGAACAGGCAAGCUGAAGCAGCAAACAAAAUCAUUGUCCAGGAGUUGAAGAAGCGGGUUGGGCAAGCGAAGGGGGCUUGGGUGGAUGAACUACCGCAGGUAUUGUGGGGUUAUCAUUGUUCCCCGCACGGUACUACAGGAGAGUCGCCUUUUAAUCUCACAUAUAGGACAGAUGCAAUGUUGCCCGUGGACAUAGGAGAGCCGACUGUAAGAAGACAGUUGGGAGAUAUGACUUUGAAUGAAGAGCAACUAAGGACCAACUUAGAUGUAGUGCAAGAAAGAAGAGAUGUGGUUGUCGUGCGGACUGAAGCUUAG